AUGGCCUCCAAGCCUGAGGACCCGCCUCCUCCGAAGACCUGGUUCGAUAGCGAUGGCAGCCCGCUCCGGGGAUACUACUGGAUGAGAAUUGACCCGAAAGUGCAACCCAAUUACUGGGUCCAACGCAAGAAGGUGUGCGAAUGCCGAGACCACUUCUCAACCCAGUGGCCGGUUGACCAUGUGAUUGUCGUGAGUGCUCCAAACCAAGCUACCUCGAGACGUGAUAUUUCAAGAGAUGACUAA